CCCGCUACGGCCCCGGCGCCCGGGCGGGGCUGGCGUUCCUCCCGCCGGGCCCCGCGCUCCGCCAUAGCGCCGGCAGCAAUCCCCCUGCCUUGGUGGUGAGGGUUUCGCCCCAGCUCUUCGCAGAGCUUCGCCCUCGGUACCUCGCCUCAGGGCGCGGCUGGGCACGGCACGCCCCGGGGGCGGAGCUUGCCGCAUCCCCGGGGCCCGGCGGCAGGAUCGCCGGGAAAGCUGUACAGCUGCAUUGGCCAAUAUGCUCCCUGCAAAGAUGUUCAGGGCACAGCGAAGUAUGGGAGACGCUGACAUUACUAUUCUGAGGCUGAAGACAGUCCAAUCUCUCCUGCCUGCUGAGUCCCAGAAGUUCUAAUAAGUACUCUGUGGUCUUUCCUGGAUGUCUUUUUUGCGUGGCUUUAAUUGAUUCCCCAAGAUGUUUGCAAAAGCAACAAAGAAUUUUGUGAGAGAAACUGACAGUGGAGGUGACUUGAUCCCUGUCUCCCACUUGAACGCCUCAGACAAGCUGCAGCUUCUGAAUUUAGUUACAAAGAGGAAGAAAUUCUGGUGCUGGCAGAAGCCCAAGUAUCAUUUCCUGACAGUCACCCUGAGUGAUGUGCUUACUGAAGACAAACCAAUAAAACCAGUAAUUGUGGAGUCUGACUUUGCAAAAUAUGUGGGGAAUUUUGAAGAUUUUGGUCAAGGAAGUAUUGAAACCUCCUUUGGAAAGAUCAGCCUGGGAGCUGGAGGGAAGGGCUAUGUGGAAAACCAAUCCUCAUUUGGAAACCUGAGGAAGCAGGAGGUUGACUUGCAGCAGCUUAUGAAAGAUGUCAAGGACAGAACAAUAAAUCUAAACAAUAAUUUACUGCAACAAGUAAUGGAAAGAAAACGUGAAGUGCUGUGCAUCUUGAGAGAAAAGAUAAUAACAACUCAAAAGUGUACGAUCUCUGAGCAUGUCCAGACAGAAGGAAAAAUCAGCGGUGUGAUAGGAUGCAGCACAAAAACAGUGAAGGUUUCAGUGAGUGAAAGCGGAAGUAUGCUGAAGGAUUCUAGUGUGAUCCUUGAAAUUCCUCCUGCAACCACUAUUGCCUAUGGCGUAAUUGAACUGUUUGUAAGGCACAGCGGCCAGUUUGAAUUCUGUCUGCUGGAUGAACAGCAAGGAGGUUUUGAAAGAGGCACAGAAGGCUCAGCUCACCUCCCCUCAGCACUAUUCAGAGAUGCUUUGCUUCCCUAUCAGCCGGAUGCUGUUGAUAACGACGUGUACGCUGGGGCUAAAAGCCUCAUUCCCAGCGAUGCUUCCUUAAGUGUAUUGAAACAAGACCUGUCACGGUUGAAGACUCAGUUUCAGCCCUUUGCAAAGCUGCCAGAAGACAAGCAAAGAGCUUUAUAUAAAACCCUUUGUGAAGUCUUGCUCCGUGAAGAAAUGGUCAGUGCCCUGGAGGACGUGUUAGAUGAUAUCUGUGCAGGAGUCAAGCCAGAUCUGAAGGAGUUAAAACCUGCACAACAAAGAGACCUCCUAGACUUCUUGCAGCUCUUGGGGUGCAGUUUACAGAGUGAGCCGUUGUGGCAGAAGUAUCAGCCUCAGGAUGAAGAACUCUUCUCCGCUGCUUACCUCCUCAUCAGUGCCAUCUCUGAGCUGUCUGAGGCCACGCUGGUGCUGCUGCAUGCCUGCUGUCACCUCCGGCUCCUGGCGGCGCUCUGUGGCUUGCCCAACAUCAUUUCAGCCGAUGGCACUGUGGCGCUGAGCAGCCCUUUCGUGGCCACUAUCACUGACAGAGGAAGAUUCGAGGUCGUACAAAGGCUGUUUGCUUCAUCAAACAUUAAUUUGGAAAUGACAGAGUCUUCUGUAAAAGCUGUAACUAUGAAAGAACCUCAGUUCUUCCCACUUGUUCUUUACGUUGCACUGUAUGGAUUUUAUGCUUUAGGUGGUGGUGUAUAGGAGCUUUGCUGAGUGUCCAGUUCCUGCUCUAGCCCAGUCUUUCUUCUGUAGCUGUGCAGCGUAGCAUUGAUGUGUUUGAGCUGGCAGGAGAGCCCCUCCAGCAGAGCCCAGUACUUGGGGCCAGGCUCAGCAUCCCUGGGGCGAGCACUCAGCACUUUGAUGCAGCCUUGCUCAGGUGUGUCUGCCUGCAGGGGAGGCACAUACCGGAGGGAUAAUGGGGAGGAAUUACAAAAGACAAGCCUGGAACAGAAAUUGAACAUGGCUGUUCUGGUAGCUGUCAGAUCUGCAGGGCAGCAGAAUCCUGAUUGCUCACAUUAAUAUGCAUGGGAGAAAACUGCAGAGUCCAAACUGGUGUAUGUGAGCAGGCGGCUGGGCGGGCUCUGGAAGCCACAGCUCCGCAACGCUCUGCAUGUGUUGAGCGCUUGGGGCUCAAUGUGCAGCCUGCCUUUGCUCUGGAGCAAGUAGAACAGGGGCUCUCAAAGAGGUACUUGGUCAGGUUUUCAUUUAUGAAGCAUAGUUUGGCUUUAUGGACAUGAGCUGCAUGCUGCAGGAAACAAAAGCUUUUAUUUUUCAAAAACUAAGACUGCCAUAGAGUGUUUCUGUUUCCUAGGAACUUUUUACCCACCUUAGCAAGUUUCAGCUGGUAAAGUUUCAUUCUGAAGUUUGUUUCAGGCACUGUGAUGCCUUUUGAUGUGUGCACAUGAAAUGUCUCUCUGCUGCACUCCACAAAAGUGAUCGUUUUACCCAUAUAACCAAGCGCAGAUGUUUUGCUUGUUUCUAUGACUAAUGGCCAAAUGUUAGUAAAGCACUUGGUGCUUUGAAUUGUUUUGUCUUUUUUUAGUUGUCAUUUUUUGUAAUUAUGUGGAUGGGACAGAAAUGCAGCAGAGAUCACUAAACGUGGGCUUGGGAGAUGAUGUUCCAGGUUCAGUGGAGUAUCGACGCUUCAAGUGAGGCCAUGAGGUGACUGACAGAGAGGCAGGUGCCUGUCUGCGGGGAGGUGAUCAGACCCAGGCCCUGUGGCUCAGCUGGGAGUGGGAGGCCUGGGUUGAGGUGUCUGCUCUUCCCACACAGAGUUCAGCCCCUCAUCUGAGAGCUCUUUAAAAAUUUGGCACUUCAGUUUUCCCUGAGGAAGUAGGUUGUGCCAGAAGCCACGUGACCCCUGUCCUGCAGGUGCAGGGCCGUCCAGCUCAUGGCCUUCCUGCAUCUGUGAAAUGAUGGUGAUGCUGCCCGAACCUUCCCCUGGUGUCUGUGGAACUGCCCCGCAGGGCAGGGGGAUGGCUGCGGGUUUCUGUGCUGCUGGGAAGGACAGGGGUUUGUAAACGGGAAAGUUGUCUAUUGCCAAUCACUACUCAGCAGUU